GCUGUGAACUCCGAUACGCUUCGUCCGUGUACUUGCAGCAUUGAUAGACGGAAGCCUCAACAGCAAUAUCCUCAAGACUGACACCUAUGGCCCGCAGUAGACAACUUGCACCCGGCGUUGGGCGCUUCUCGCGCUCACAGGCUGCUUCACGCCGUGGUCUUUACAAGGGUCUCAAAAAAUCCGAUAAACCCGCACCCGCAGAAGCUCCCGCUUCCAAGGAAGUGACAGUGGGCGGCGAGAAAAAUGGCGGCACGCGUCUCGUUCCCACUUCCAAAGCACCCCGAUUCUACCCUGCAGAAGAUGUUCGUCAACCAAAGAAGAGCCGAAAGUCGCCAAAGCCCGCCAAACUUCGCUCAUCCAUCGUCCCUGGCACCGUUUUGAUUUUACUCGCUGGUCGUUUCAGAGGGAAGAGAGUGGUGUUCUUGAAGCAACUUGAGAGUGGGUUGUUGUUGGUAACUGGACCUUACAAGGUCAACGGCGUGCCCCUUAGACGAGUGAACCAGGCAUACGUUAUUGCAACAUCCACUAAGGUUGAUCUUGGUGACUCUAAGGUCGAUGCCAAGAUCAACGAUGCUUACUUUGCAAAGCCUUCAACUAAGGGUGCAACCUCGGCAGAGGCAGAGUUCUUCGAGGAGGGCAAGCCCAAGGCAAAGGAGCCAUUCCCAGCAGCCAAGUCCGCCGAUCAGAAGGAGAUCGACAAGGCUGUCAUUGCUGCUGUGCAGAAGCAGGAGAACCUUGCAAAAUACCUCAAGGCCACCUUCGGCCUGUCGAAGGGCCAGUUCCCUCAUCAGAUGGUCUUCUAAGGGUGGAGGACGCUGUUUCGAGGAUCAUGGAGUUGGGUGGGGUUGUCCUGAGACGACAUCAGAUAUAUGAUAUGCCAUACUGCAACGUUUUCAUUAUACUUUUCAUCGCUUUCUUUAUGCAAGUAGGCCUUCAUGAAUCUGUACUAUCAGCGCCCUCGUAAUUCCAGAGUGACGGUAUUGCAUUCUUCUGGCAAUUGUGGCUGUGCGCAAUUUCACCUAAGCCACGCCGCUUUGAC